AAAAAAGGGAAAAAGAAAAAGAAUAAGAAAAAGAAAAAGAACUCGUGUAUCUCAGUCAUCGUUUUCUUCUCUUUAACUUGAGGAAGGGAAGAAGAGGCAAGCAUUGAAGUAGAGCUAGAUCUCUUUUAAGAUUUUGUAUACAAGAUUGGUGGUAUAGUGUGUUUUGUUAUGCGGGUUUGGGUGUAGUUUUGUUUUUGAAGAGAGAGUUUUGAUGGGCAAUUGCUGGACGAGUACUCUUUCGAAGAAAGUGGACGCCACUUUAAGCUCUCGUACAACUUCGGAUGCCAAAAUUACUGAUAGAAAUAGUCAUUCUUCAUCUGCUUCAGAUCUAAAAACAGAUAAAAUUGAAAAACGGAUAUCUGGAAAUUUAUCUACUCAAAGAACUGAAGGUGACAUAUUGUCAUCCCCAAAUUUAAAAGCCUUUACAAUGAGUGAGCUUAAGACUGCCGCUCGAAAUUUCCGUCCUGACAGCCUCAUCGGGGAAGGAGGUUUUGGUUAUGUUUACAAGGGAUGGAUUGAUGAACAAACGCUUGAGGCUGUAAAGCCAGGAUGUGGGAUGGUUGUUGCUGUCAAGAAGCUUAAACCUGAAGGCUUUCAAGGUCACAAAGAGUGGUUGGCUGAAGUUGAUUAUCUUGGCCAACUUUGCCAUCCAAAUCUUGUAAAACUUAUUGGAUUCUGCCUGGAACGGGAAAAUCGACUUUUGGUCUAUGAGUAUAUGCCGAAAGGUAGCCUUGAAAAUCAUCUAUUUAGAAGGGGUGCUCGACCUCUUCCUUGGGCACUAAGGAUCAAAGUUGCCAUUGGUGCUGCUCGAGGGCUUUCAUUCUUGCAUGAAUCUGACCAGCAAGUUAUAUAUCGAGAUUUCAAAGCUUCAAAUAUUCUACUGGAUUCUGAAUUUAAUGCAAAGCUUUCAGACUUUGGCUUGGCAAAAGCAGGACCCACUGGGGAUCGUACUCAUGUUUCCACUCAAGUUAUGGGAACCCAAGGCUAUGCUGCUCCAGAAUAUGUUGCUACAGGUCGGCUUACUGCAAAGUGUGAUGUCUACAGUUUUGGGGUUGUGUUGUUAGAACUGCUUUCAGGACGGCGUGCAGUUGAUAAAACUGAAGUUGGUGCGGAGCAGAAUCUAGUGGACUGGGCAAAGCCCUAUUUGAGUGAUAGGCGAAAAUUAUUCCGGAUUAUGGAUAUCAAGUUGGAGGGUCAAUAUCCCCAGAAAGGAGCACAUAUGGUGGCCGUUCUUGCAUUACAGUGUACAAGUGAGGCUAAGGUUCGCCCAUCAAUGGCCGAUGUUUUAUCGGCUCUAGAACAACUCCCUGCCCCUAGAGAGUCAACUAGCCCCUCCCGAUCAGACCGAGAAGCAGUCUCCAGUCCUCACCUGAAGUCUCCAUUGAGAAACGUUUCUUAUCACAUCAAGUCCCCAUUAAGAAACAGUUUUGGUUCACCUGUCAACAUGUCCCCGCGAGGUUCCCCAUUGCCACCUCAUAUGAAAUCCCCUCUUAUGAAGUCCCCCCGGGGACGAUGAAGAGGAGCUCAUUUUCCCAUUAAACUAGCAACCUCAAUGUAAAUCCCUUCUUUUCCUUUGGCACCUAGCUUCUUUUUGGUUAGCCUUCUUAAUUUAUCUUGUGCUGGCCUGGAAUUUUCUCAAGGAAAAUUCAUAGGAAUAGUUUGAUCAUUAGCUAAUCUCACCAACAGUUUUGUCGUUAUCAUCUUCGGCUCUUGCCAUUGUUGUGUUAACCAAAAGUGUGACAUGAUCAGAGUUCUUGUUAACAGUUUCUUUUUUCUUUUGGUAUGAAACAAUUGUUUAAUAAAUGUGAAUCAUUUUGCUUAGAA